AUGGCUGCAGUAAACCUGCUGCAAAAUAUGCAGCUCAACAUCACCAUCUUCCACCCUGCGAUUUUCGUGCUCCUCGGCAUCCCUGGGCUGGAGGCUUAUCACACCUGGUUGUCUGUACCCCUGAGUCUCAUGUAUGUUACUGCAGUCUUUGGGAACAGCAUCCUGAUAGCGGUCAUCAUCACAGAGCGGAACCUGCAUGAACCCAUGUAUUUCUUCCUCUCAAUGCUGGCCAUCACAGACAUCCUGCUGUCCACCACUACUGUGCCCAAGGCCCUAGCCAUCUUUUGGCUCCAAGCCCACAGCAUUGCCUUCGAUGCCUGUGUUACCCAAGUUUUCUUUGUUCACACAAUGUUUGUGGGGGAGUCCGCCAUCCUGUUAGCCAUGGCCUUUGAUCGCUUUGUGGCCAUCUGUGCCCCACUGAGAUACACAACGGUGCUGACAAGGCGCACAGUAGGUAGGAUUGCUCUAGCCAUUGUUAUCAGAAGCGUCUGUAUCAUCUUUCCCGUGAUUUUCUUGUUGAAGCGGCUGCCAUUCUGUCGAACCAACAUCGUCCCCCAUUCCUACUGUGAGCACAUUGGGGUGGCCCGCUUAGCCUGUGCCGACAUCACCGUUAACAUCUGGUACGGCUUCUCAGUGCCCAUCGUCAUGGUCAUCAUAGAUGUGGUCCUCAUCGCUGUGUCUUACUCACUCAUUCUCCAAGCAGUGUUCCGCUUGCCCUCCCAGGAUGCUCGGCAUAAGGCCCUCAGCACCUGUGGGUCUCACCUCUGUGUCAUCCUCAUGUUUUACGUCCCAUCCUUCUUCACUUUACUGACUCACCGUUUUGGGCGGAACAUUCCCCGGCACGUGCAUAUCUUGCUGGCCAAUCUUUAUGUGGUGGUGCCCCCAAUGCUGAACCCCAUUGUCUAUGGAGUUAAGACUAAGCAAAUCCGAGAGGGUAUAGCCCACUGGCUCUUGGACAUCAAGACUCAGUGUUGUUCCCCUGUUUUAGACUGA